GACCCGGAAGUAACCAUCGCGUCAGACCGCCAUGUUGGCUGCAAAGAGAGCGGGGAAUCAUCCCGCGGAGAGUGUAUUCGUCUGACCUCUGACCCGGACCGGCUGACCCGAACCCUCCUCGGUCGGUUCGUCCGAACCUCCGAGAACGUGUGCGCGCGGACCGGCACGGGACAAAGACAACAUGGCAGCCCUGAGCACGUUCUCUUCGCAGGUGGAGCUGAUCAUGGAGGUAGCCGUGGGGAGCGCCGUGCACGAGUUGGGAAGGGAGGGCGCGCGAGCGGAGCACGGCCAGGCUCACCUGUCCACCGUGCUGGGGAGCUUGGCCAGAGAGGCGGUCCGUAAAAUCUGCAGAGUCUUCAGGGAGCUGUAUGCAAGCGUAGAGGCGGAAAAUGAAGCUCUCAGGGCAGAACUGAGUUUCCUCGAAAACACACCCGGCGCUUCGAGGACGGCCAAACCGUUGGUGAAGUUCAGCCCGGCAGAUGCACCCACCCUGUCUCUGGAUGUCCAAUCAGCUGCUGCCACUGCUGCUGUGGCUGUGGUCAUCCUCAGCCCGCCGGUGCACGCACCAGUCACAGGCCAAAGCAGUCUGACCGCACUGCAGAAUGGUGCUGUGGGCGUUUUAGACAUGACGCACUUCUCUGCAGAUCCUCAGGUGUCACGUGAUGUGAUCCAGUCCGCAGAUGUGACAUCACUUCCUGACUGUGAGGAUCAGCCGGCCGCUGAGCUUCCAGGUGAUGAAACCCACGAAGAGCAGUGUGACGCUGCAGCAGAGACGAAGUCUGAACCCGCAGGACAGAAACAUGAUGAUCAGCAGGUGCCCGGGGGUCCGACAGGUGUGAGCGAGGAGCAGCAGAAGGAGCAGGAGAGGAGGCGGAGGAGGGAGCUGUACAAGGAGAAGAGGUUUUUCUGCGAGCUGUGUGACAAAGGCUUCCAUCAGAAGCACCAGCUGCUGAAGCACGCCGCGUGCCACCUGAAGCCGUUCCCCUGCAGCUCCUGCGACAAAGGUUUCUACAAAGCGCAGACACUGCAGCGCCACCUGCUCGCCCACCGUCUCCGCGAGGCGCAGGAGAGCGACCCAGACAAGCUGCUGCGCUGUGACCAAUGCGACAGAAAGUUCAGGCUGCCACGUCAGCUUCGAGCGCACCAGGCCUGUCACCGGCUUGAGAAAACGCCACUCAAGUGCUACGCAUGUGACCGCACCUUUACCUCCAGUGGGGCACUGCGAUACCACGAGGUGUCGCACGCCAAAGUCAAGCCCUUCAUGUGCGACGUCUGCGGAAAGAGCUUUACGCGCAAGAAGAGCCUGCGGGAGCACCAGACCGUGCACACCGGGGCACGGCCGUACUCCUGCCAGACCUGCGCCAAGAGCUUCUCCACCGCCAGCAACCUGCGCGUUCACAAAAGGUCGCACUCCGAGGAACGCCCGUACAAGUGCGACGAGUGCGACAAGGCAUUCAAGUGCCGGAUGGGGCUGCUGCAGCACCGCGUGGUCCACUCGGGAGAGAAACCCUUUACCUGUCCCACCUGUGGCCUGAGCUUCGGCCUCAAAUACAACUUCCAGAGACACCUGAGGCUACACAGCGGGGAGAAGCCCUUCAGGUGUGAUCAGUGUGGCGAAGGCUUCACGGGGACCUGGGCUCUGAAGACCCACAUGCUUGUUCACGGCGUGGCAAAGCCGUUCAUGUGCGACCUGUGCGGAAAGACGUUCUUCUACAACUGCCAGCUGCAGAAGCACCAGCAGCUGGUUCACGGCAGCGGUGGCGAUCGGGGAAAGUCCGGCGGGGAGGCGGGCAGGCGGCGGUCCACCGGAGUCAAACCGUUCAGCUGUAAAGUCUGUCCAAAGAGCUUCAGCAGCAGCAGCUCGCUGCGCACGCACGAGAAGAGCCACGCCCAAAACAAAGAGUUCACCUGCGACACAUGUGGGAAAGCCUUCCACCUGCGUCACCUGUACCUGUACCACCUGAGGCAGCACAGCGGCGACCGGCCGCACGUCUGCGCUGUCUGCCACAAAGGCUUCCUGCUGGCAUCGCAGCUGAAGCAGCACGAGCUUCUGCACACGGGUGUCAAACCUCACCACUGCGAGCACUGCGGCAAAGAGUUCAGGACACCUCAGAACUACCACCGCCACCUGCUGGUGCACACCGGCGAGAAGCCGUACGAGUGCGCCGUGUGUGGCCGGAAGUUCCGCCAGUCCAACCAGCUGAAGUCUCACAUGCAGAUCCACACCGGUGUCAAGCUGUACUCGUGCGAACGCUGUGGGCGGGGCUUCUCUGACUCACGCCAGCUCAAGAAACACCGCUGUGGAGACAGCGAGCACGACUCGCUCGAUUCUGCCAGCAAGCACAGGAAGCAGACGGACGCGUUCCCAUGGACGCACGAAUUCACGGCGCAGUGACACGGAAACAGGCCAGCGGGAAAACCCCGACAAUUCCCACUGACUCCAUCCCCCGCGACUGUGUCCGGCACAUCAACAUCAAAUUGUAUUUAGGGAGUGUGUCCAUCCGCCUCUUGAAGCCGGCAUUGAUUGGCUGGUUUGUUCCUUUGGGGUUUCUGUUUUUUUAUCCCCUGUUAAAGUCAGCGACACAGAAAAUGUUUGAUCUCUGCUGCAAAACCACCUCGCACACUCACCUGACGCCCCCGCAUGUCUCGGGUGGAAAUCUAACACAAAGUUAAAGAGUAGCUGGGCCCUGACAGCAUCUCCAGCCUUAGGAGGUAAAACUCUUUUAAAUGGACUUUGGCUCUCACCUGGCGUCUCACCUGGUCGUGGUGAUUUACGUUCAGCUGCCACAAUCAAACAGACCUUGACCUCAGUCAGUGACAGAAGAAGAAUCAGAUGAAAGCAGCUCUGAUAAACGUUUAGUUUCUGUUUCAUCUGUGAAAAAAUGACUCUGCUGUGUUUCAGUGUGUAGAAUAAAACUCCUCCUUUGACUGACGAGCUUUUAUUGGAGGUGCUGCUCCAGCUUCAAAAUGAUUUUUCUGCCCUUGAUAAACGUGAAGUAAUAAUUCAGAUUAAAAUGCAGCUGA